AUGUCAAGCAUUGUCCGUUUCGUGGUUGGCGGUGUGGUGGAAGGGCUGUGCGACUUGCCCCACCAGAUCGGUUUCACUCCCUUUUCGUAUAACUGGACGACCCUGCUGCCAGCUCUAGAUGAAGUCCUUUCGCAACAUAAUGGAAUUUUUGCGUUUAUCGAUAUGUUGUUUAGUACUUUGAGGUCAUUCUUUCUCCUCUCGUCUGCUGUGCAGCUCUCAAAUGCAGCAGCAAAUGAUCAUCGGGCCAAUGCUGAAGCGGCUUUAACGACGCUCCAGAAAUGGUAUAAUACUAAUACUGGACUUUGGAAUACCACAGGAUGGUGGAAUAGUGCCAACUGUCUGACGACGAUAGGUGAUCUGGCUGCUGUGGACGGGAAUGUGAGGUCGGCAGCUGGGAAAGUAUUCUCGAACACGCUUGUCCAGGCACAAAAGUAUAAUCUUCAGCAGACCAAAGUCAUCACGCCUGACUUCAACAUACAAACGUUCGAAGGGCCAAAUAUGCCAGCCAAUCUUCUACAAACUGCUGCUGCCGCCAAUCCAAAGGGAUUUCUGAAUGGUUAUUACGAUGAUGAGGGGUGGUGGGCUCUGGGCUGGAUUCAAGCUUACGACGUCACGGGAAACCAAGACUACCUCAACACAGCAGUUGACAUCUUCAAGGACAUGAAAAACGGAUCGGAGCCUGAUUGUGGUGGAGGUAUUUGGUGGGACAAGGCCAACACAUACGUGAACGCCAUUGCCAACGAGCUGUACCUCAGUGUAGCAUCACACCUGGCAAAUCGAGUUCCCUAUCAAAAGCAAACAUAUCUCGACAUCGCCACCAAACAAUGGGACUGGUUCCAAAAGACCGGGAUGAUCAACUCUCAAAACCUCAUCAACGACGGCCUCAACAACAAAUGCAAAAACAACAACGGCACAGUCUGGUCCUACAACCAAGGCGUCAUCCUCGGCGGCCUCGUCGAGCUCAACAAAGCAGCGCCAAACCUCUCAUAUCUUACCAAAGCAAACGUCAUCGCCAAAGCAGCCAUUAAAGCACUUUCCAUCAACGGCGUGUUGCAUGAUCCAUGCGAGCCGAAUUGUGGAGCAGAUGGAAACCAGUUCAAGGGGAUUUUCAUGCGGAAUCUACAGAUCCUACAGACGGCAAGUCCGGACAAUGCGUAUCUGGAAUUCUUUGCAUCGAAUACGGCCAGUAUCUGGAGUAAGGAUAGGAGUAAAGCUGGGAAUGAGCUGAGUGUGGAUUGGGAUGGGCCGUUUGUGGCGCCGGCGAAUGCGAGUACGCAGAGCUCGGCGCUGGAUGCUUUGGUUGCUGCUGCAGCAUUUCAAGGUCAAUUGGUAAAUGGGAUAUCUUCUUAA